UGGGUCAGGCCUGGGGCCGCGGCACCGGCAGCCCGAGCGGGGCUGAGGAAAGGCUUCGUCGCUGCACAGCGGCCCCCGCCCCCAGCGGCCGGCCUCGGGCUCUAGUUCGUUGCGUCCAGCCCACUGCGGGCUACGGCUUAGCCCUUGGGAACUAGCAGCACCGAGUCUGUGCGCCACCCUCCUCACGGGAGUGGAAGCUGCGUGCAGGGGUCUUAGUCCUUUUGCCCUUUCGGCUUCCACCGAGGGCUUUUCGCGAAUAGGUGGUCGCGUGAGUGAGUGUGCCGGAGGUAGGGGCAGAGGAUGCCCGAGAAGUCUCUGCUAGCUUUCAUGGAUCCUUAAAACGUCUACCUCAUAGAGCCCCAUCAGCAGAACCAGUGGAAGAUCCCCAGCCUUGGGCGAGUGUCACAGACCCAUUCCCGGACUACUGGAGAACUCCGCCUUCCCUCGAUCGCCCUGUGGACGCCGUCUUUCAGUGCAGGCGCAGGCUGCCUUUCUGAGCUCCAUUUUCACUUUGCUACAGGCUUGCGGACCCGGAUUAUUAAUGCGCACCUAUUCAAUUUUUGAGGAUUUUUUGAGUCUCGCCUCUCUAGAGCCAAAGAGCUUCACAUGUAAUUUCCCCCUUCACUUUAGCAUCUAGAAGAAUAGUAAAAUAGGAAUUAAAUUUCUCCUAUAGUGGGGACGAGCUCAAUGCCAGGCAUCUAACGAAUAUGCUUAACAGGUGCCUGUGGCGUUGAACUGGAUUGACAGGUUGCUCAGUGGAGCAAGGGCAGGCGUUUUCCAUUCCGGAUUCCAACUGGGUUCCAGGAUCCAUGGCUUUUGGGUUAGAGGUGAAGCUGAGCUGAAAAUCAGAAAACUUUCACUCAUUCAUUCACUUUUUCAACAAAUAUUUAUUGACCAUGAAUAAAUGUGAAAGGACUAUUUCUGGCCUUAGUUCAAAUCUCAAUUCUGCCAUUUCUUGAGGAUUUGGCUUCAACGGUACUCACAACCCUUCCAUUAUUUUCUCAGGUAUAGAAGAAGACAAAUUUAUUCUAACUCAAGGGGUUAUGGUGAAUAUUAAGCUGAUGAAAUAAUGUAACUGCAUGUUAUGUAUAGUGCAGCUGAAUGUUAUUUGGGCCACUAAGAAACUGAGUCCGAACACACCUCUUGGGCUUGCCCCAUCCUACUUGCAAAGUCUGUAAGGAGAACAGACUUUGGGAAGUGGGUGUGAGUGAGGGCAUGAAUUUCUUUUGCUCUUCAGUCAUAGACUUGCAUUCCUAAGAAGGCUUUUACAAGGUUGAAGAGUACAUCUUAAAGGGUCCCAAUAUAAUAACAGAACCAGUGACUACCAAGUCAGGUCAAUUCUAUAUUUGGCUUUCUUAUCAAGCCUCUUUCUCUCCAUGUCUGUUGUCAUUACUUUAUUUCACUGCUUUCUCUUCCAUAUGACUGAAAGAACCUCCUUACAGGUCUUCUGUCCCUUGGUAUCUGCAUCCUGUCAUAAAAGUCUUGAUGGUGCCUCACUCUUCAGAUAAAAAUCCUUUCAGGCCUUAGUAUCACCCAAGAUCAAACCUAAAUGCCAUAAGUUGGAUCCCCACCUCUUGUGCCAUCCCCAUCUGUUGUCACGUCCUUCACAUACCCUGAGCUGCUGCUGAUUCUUAAUGAUUCCUGGGUGAGUCCCUUCUCUUAAUUGUCAUACCACUUUGAAUAUACCCAUACAUACUGGUGUGUGUGACAGCAGGACUUGUUUGAAUGUCUGGUUCCUCACUUUGUGAACUCCUUGAAGGCAAUGCCAUGUCUCUUCAUGGUGUUAUGACUUGGCACAGCACUUGGUAUUUUCAGAAUCGGACUAAUUUGGAUAGAAUUCCUAAACUUACUAGCUGUGUGACCUUGGGUAUGUUUACUUAGCUUCUCUGUGCCUCGUGCUCCCAUAUCUGUAAAAUAGUGCUGAGGAUACCCCCUGAGCAGAAUUAUUGUAAAGACUAAACAGCAAAAUUCUUGUGAGGCUCCUGGCAUAUAUAUAUCUCAUGGCUAUAGCGUGCUCUCUAUGAAUGUUUAUUGAAUCAACUCAGCGGAACUAAGGAUGGGUGCUAUUUUCCCAUAUGCCUACCAGGUGCCAAGACUCUGCUAGAAAGGGCUGCAGUUUUUGUAGUCUAAAUGGGAGUCUUAAUUAUUGCCCUUUAGGGGCAUAGGUCCUGAGCCCCAAAUAAUUGGAUGCCUCCUUCACCUGGGUGUUUGGUGAGAACGCAAUGCGACGUCGCCCUCUGCCGCUCGCUGAUCGUAGCCCGAGGUCAAACCCAGGCGCUCUCGCCAAACCAAUAUCACUGCCGCAUCCUCGAUUUAGCUCGCUCAGCUCUUCCCAAGGUGGGUCCCCUUCUGUUCGCCGCGGGGUGGGUACUCUGCAGGCCGCCUCCCACCCACAGGCCGAAGUGGCCCCACACACCUCGCGCCCGCUGACGUAGCGCUGACGUCACUUCCAGCGAACCCGGAAGCGCCGUUGUCGCUGGGUGGCUGUAGUUAGGAAGUCGUGAUGGAGCCGCGCUCGGCGUAAACCCUCGGCGGGCCGCGGGGUCUGGCCCGGGCUGCUGUGGCCCGGACGAGCGGAGAGUGCGGAGCGGCUUCAGGGCCAGCGACGGCGAGCCCUGGCGGCGUUGCCCGCCUCCCGGGUACGCCCCGGUCCCGCCUUCCGGGCCCGGGACCCAGCGGGCGCCUUCGCCAGGCUGCCCCACCGGCCUGCUUUUGGUCGCCGACAGCUGGGUAGAGCGGGUGUGCGGCCCGUGGCCGGACGGCCCCCUCCCUGUCUCUUUAAGCCCCAGCCCCCGUCUUUGCGACCCUUUCUCGGGCUACCGGAACGCUGACGUGGAGCAAUCCGCUCAGAACUCCCAUGGAGAAGUUUGGGAUGAAUUUCGGGGGCGGCCCGAGCAAGAAGGACUUGCUGGAGACGAUAGAGACGCAGAAGAAGCAGCUCUUCCAGUACCAGGCACGGCUCAAGGAUGUGGUCCGCGCCUAUAAAAGCCUGCUGAAGGAGAAAGAGGCGUUAGAGGCCAGCAUAAAGGUGCUGUCGGUGUCCCACGAGGCAGAUGUGGGCCUCGCAGGUGUCCAGUCGCCAGGCCUCCCCUUUCCUGACUCAGUGGAUGACCGGUGCUCCACUCACAGCGAGGAUAGCACUGGCACCGCCACCAGCUUGGAUACUGCGGCCAGCCUCACCAGCACCAAGGGUGAGUUUGGGCUGGAAGAUGACAGAGCUGCCCGUGGUGGACCACCACCUCCAAAGUCUGAAGAGGCCAGUGGGUCGGAGAGUGGCGUUAGCAGUAGCAGUGGGGAUGGGCCACUUGCAGGUGGGGAGGUAGACAAAAGACUGCACCAGCUGAAGACUCAGUUGGCUACUUUGACCAGCUCUUUGGCUACAGUCACCCAGGAGAAGUCCCGCAUGGAGGCUUCUUACCUGGCUGACAAGAAGAAAAUGAAACAAGACUUAGAGGAUGCCAAUAAAAAGGCAGAGGAGGAGAAGAGCCGUCUGGAGGGAGAAUUGAAGGGGCUGCAGGAGCAGAUAGCAGAAACCAAAGCCCGACUUAUCACACAGCAGCAUGAUCGGGCCCAGGAGCAGAGUGACCAUGCCUUAAUGCUUCGUGAGCUCCAGAAAUUGCUACAGGAGGAGAGGACCCAGCGCCAGGACUUGGAGCUUCGGUUAGAAGAGACUCGAGAAGCCCUGGCAGGGCGAGCAUAUGCAGCUGAACAGAUGGAAGGGUUUGAAUUGCAGACCAGGCAGCUGACCCGUGAGGUAGAGGAGCUGAAAGGUGAGCUGCAGGCAAUUCGAGAUGAGAAGAAUCAGCCAGACCCCCGGCUCCAAGACCUUCAGGAAGAAGCCUCCCGCCUUAAGAGCCAUUUCCAGACUCAGUUGCAGCAGGAAAUGAGGAAGACGGCCCUUGCAGAGGAUCAACUCCGUCAGCAAUCUCAGGUGGAAGAGCAGAGGGUAGCAGCCCUAGAGAAUCAAAUAUCUGAAGUGUCUGAGCUGCUGGGUACCUACGAGAAAGCCAAGCAGAAGGACCAGCUGGCCAUCCAGAAGCUGAAGGAGCGGAUUCUGCAGCUGGACCUGGAGAAUAAGACACUGGCUCUAGCAGCCUCCAGCCGAUCCUCUCUAGACAGCCAUGGAGACGAAUCCAGUCUUGAUGUCAAUGUUCUGAAGGAUAAGAUGGAGAAGCUGAAGAGGCUGUUGCAGGUUGCAGCCAGGAAAAGCCAGGUGACCUUGGAUGUGGAGAAGCUCUGUGACCUGGAGAUAAUGCCCAGCUCGGAGGCUGCCGAUGGGGAGAAGGCUACUGCACUGUACUACCAACAGGAGCUGAAACAGCUGAAGGAAGAGUUUGAGAGGUACAAGAUGAGGGCUCAGGUUGUCCUCAAGAGCAAGAAUUCCAAAGAUGGUAACCUGGCAAAGGAGCUGGAGGCAGCCCAGGAACAGCUUGCAGAGUUGAAGGAGAAAUAUAUCUCCUUGCGGCUGUCCUGUGAGGAGCUCGAACACCAGCACCAGCAGGAGGCUGAAGACUGGAAGCAGGAGCUGGCCCGCCUGCAGCAGCUCCACCGGCAGGAGCUAGAGCGAAGUCAGCUGGACUUCAGGGACCGCACACUGAAACUCGAGGAGGAGCUGCACAAGCAGCGGGACCGUGCCCUGGCUGUGCUUGCUGAGAAGGACUUGGAGCUGGAGCAACUGCGUUCUGUGGCCUUGUCCUCUGGGCUGCCAGGACGCAGAAGCCCUGUGGGUGGUGGGGUUCCUGGGGACCCAGCUGACACAUCUUCCCCAGAUAGCCUGACUCAAGCGCUACAACUUGCUGCAGCCAACGAGCCCACUUUCUUCCUGUACGCUGAGCAGCUGGCCCGCAAGGAGGUAGAGAUCACAUCACUGAAGAAGCAGAAGCACAGGCUGGAAGUGGAGGUGCAUCAGCUGCAGGACCGGCUGCUGGAGGAGGGUGAGCAGCAUCGAGAGGAGGUUGGAGCCCUGCAGAGCCGCAUCGAAAAGAACAUCAGGGACCAGAGCAGGGAGGGAGCCAACCUAGAGUACCUCAAAAACAUCAUCUACCGCUUCCUGACCUUACCUGACUCCCUGGGCCGCCAGCAGACUCUCACAGCCAUACUGACUAUCUUACACUUUAGUCCAGAGGAGAAACAAGUGAUAAUGCGGCUCCCAGCCAGUGGUAGCUGGUGGCCUUCUGGCAAGAGAUGAUGCCAUUUUCACUAACUCCUGAAAUUUCUGUGCCUCUUUUAUGUGGGAAGGGGCAGGCUCUGGUUUCUACUGCUUAUUCUCUUGGAUUAUCAUUUAUUACUUUACUGUGUUGAAAUUGGGAGGAGUUUUCAGUGUGGGAUGGGAUGUUCUGCCAAAUGUCAUUAAUGCUGCUUUGUGUUUGGGCCCUAUUGAUACUGAAAGUGUUAGGACAGCAUCUUCUAGAGUGUAUGUGAGGGGAAGUGGGAGAAGAGGUUAGGACUGAGAGGUGCAAAAGUUGGGAAAGUAGUACAAAUCCUUUACAAUUUUUUGUUUUAAUAUUAUGUUCCUAGCACAGAGCUAGGAGUAAAUGUGACUCCAAAGGGAGUUCAGGUAAUUUCUGAACAUGCACAAUGACCAGCUGUUUUCUCCAUCUCAUCACAAUCUGAGUCUGGUCCAUGCUGCCCCAAUUCUCUGGGGACAUAAAGCCAGGCUAAAAAGGGACCAGGAAGUUUGAAAUAGUGACAGAUUGUCUACUAGUCCAAAGGGCCAAGGAAUAGAGUUCAUUCUGGAACUGGAAAGCUUGGUCUAGUUAGGGACUAGGGACAACCUAUGUUAUCUAGACUAAACAUACCACUUGUGACCAUCCUAGUGAGGUCCCUGAGCAUCAGUUUGAUCUUAGGGAUCUUGGGUGACCUGCUUCUGGUCUGGAUAGGGUUAAAAUAGAUCUCUUGCUUAUCCCUGCCUUAACCUGUCUACCUAAGGUUGGCCUGAGAUUGUGAGUGAAUGACUUUGCUAUCUUUUCCACAAAGUUGGAACUCCAUGAAGAAAUAAGAUCUUAGCUUCUUACAGAGAAGAGUCUGAACAGUAACCUCUGAUCCUGCCUCGUUAAAAGGAGUUAGCUCAGAGAUUUGCUCCCAGCUAUUUCUGCCUUUGCAGGGACAGGAAAGAGGAGGAAGAUUUGCUGCAGAAGAUUCCAAAAGAUUCCUGUUACUCUAGCUGGAAAGUAGUGGAAGUUCAGCUGAAGCUGGGCUGGGGUACUUUUUGCCCUCUGGGUCUUUACAUAAGUAGAUCUACUCUGCUCUUUAAAGAAAGGCAGCUUGUUAUUCAGGCAGUCUGGAAAGGAGGUUCUCAAGAAACUUGGGUUCAAAUAUUAUCAGUUCCUCUGUUCUUUCUCCUAUCUGUUCUUACUGUUUAUAGAGGUUUCUGGACCCUAAAGACAAAUGCUUGGCCACUAACUGGAUUAAUAUGUAUCUUUCUGUUAUUUCAUCUUAGAGGUCUGUUUUAUGAGGCUUUGGAAUCCAGACAACUUUAAGUGUUCUGAACGAGAGGCUAGGUGACUGACCUGGAUUAUCUACAGUGAGCAGACUUAAAUGGAACAAAGAUGUGUUCAGAUGAUAAUGAUAUAAACCAUGGAAUCAUUAAACCUAAGUGACUUGA